AUGACCGAUCAGGAAAACCGGAGACCGGAAAGGCAAGCCGAAAAUCCGGGGGAUUUUGAGAUUGAUCCGCUCGACAUUGACCCCUCAUGUCUUCCUGGCGUCCGCCCAAUCCCAAAAGCCCUGAACAACUACAUUUUCUCGAAGCUCGAGCCCGGCGAGUAUUAUGCAAAAUCCUCCACCCGACUUCUCGGUCCGUUUAUUCAAGAGCCCAGUGAGAGCCAACUUCCGACAGACGAGGCCUUCGUGAUCAUGAGAAGAAUGGGCACUCUGCCAAACGGAGGAAUCGCUUUCCAGAAGGUCCGGCAGAUC